GAUGCUACCCUUUUCUUCUUCGUCAUCUCCGUCGCCUCUCGCUCUCGCUCUCGCCUCAUCUCUGUUCGUCUCCGAAUCAGAAACCGUUCCUUCCUUUGAUUUUGAUUUCAACUGUUUAAGAUAUUCUUAUGAUUAUUAUUUAUUAUCCGUUCAUGGCAACUAUGCAUACAUAGAGUCGCUGUCACUCCCAAGUGAAUAUGGUGUCAGCAUGAAAACACCACCAACAGAGACAAACCAGAAGAAUUGUGGUAGGUUGUUGAGACUGGAAUACUGGAAUAACAAAGUAAGAAAACAAGGCAACGAAUCCGUGGAGCAAUGGAAAAUCAGAAAUGAAAUAAUAAAUAAAAUAAAAAUUGUAAUGCUAGCAAAGUUGCUAGCUAGAGCUAGCAAGUGGGCGAGCAGCUAGCAAAGUUGCUAGCUAGAGCUAGCAAGUGGGCGAGCAGCUAGCAAAGUUGCUAGCUAGAGCGAGCAAAAUGGCCAGCAGCUCGCUAAGGUCUUAGCAUAGGCGACCGAUGGAGCGAGCGGAUCAGCAAAUUAAAGCCCAUAUUUUCCCUUUAAAUACAACGCGAAGGAAGCCGUAAAAAUUCAUUCUGGAACGCGAAAAAAGAAGGCACUCAGAGACGAAGCGAAGGAAGGAGCAUAAGCGUAGCACUGGAUCGUGGCAGAGGAGAAGGAAUGAGUCAACUCUGCACCAUUGAUCAUCACUUUUAGACAAGUUUAUCAUGAACUCAGUUUCUUUUACAGUAGAUUUUAAUUCCGUCGUUAUGAGUAUGUUAGGCUAAAUUACUUUCAGUAGUUAGGAAGAUACAGAACCAAUGGGUUCUUAGUUGAUGUUUGUUUAUUCUUAUGAAUU